AUGUAUACACCCUCGGAACAGGAACAUGGAGGCGCAUUGAAGCUGGCGCGACUUCUUGUUGUCGAUUCGAUGACCAAGGCCAUUACACUAUUGUUCAUGCAGCUUGUAAUCCCAAAGCUUCUAGAAAGAGGGUGGACGACGGUGGUGAUGACGGUGUUGUUGGUAAUGUUCGUCUUCCAAUACUUGCCCAAAAUCUAUCACUCAGUGUGUCUGCUCCGGCGUAUGCAAAAUUUUUCCGGCUACAUUUUUGGCACUGUUUGGUGGGGCAUUGCUCUCAACAUGAUCGCCUACUUUGUUGCAUCUCACUUCUUGGUUUUAAUGGUUCAAACCCAUAAGACGGAUCAAGAUCUCCAAGUUUGUAACGAAUAUAAGUGGACCGUUCAGCUCGUCACCAAUAACAAUCGUCUCGAGAAAGCAUUGUUUCCCAUAUUUUGGGGACUCAUGACUCUUAGUACUUUUGGAAAUCUAGAGAGCACGACAGACUGGUUAGAAGUGGUGUUUAUAAUUAUUGUCCUCACCACUGGACUCCUUCUGGUCACAAUGUUGAUUGGUAACAUCAAGGUUUUCUUACAUGCGACGACAUCUAAGAAGCAAGCAAUGCAGUUGAAGAUGAGGAACAUAGAGUGGUGGAUGAGAAAGAGGCGGCUUCCGCAGGGGUACAGGCAGAGGGUAUGCAACUACGAGAGGCAGCGUUGGGCGGCGAUGCGCGGGGUUGAUGAAUGUGAGAUGACUCGGAAACUUCCAGAAGGACUCAGGAGAGAUAUCAAAUAUCAUCUGUGUUUGGAUUUGGUGAGACAGGUGCCAUUGUUCCAGCACAUGGACAAUCUCGUCCUCGAGAACAUAUGUGAUCGGGUCAAAGCUCUCAUAUUCACAAAGGGAGAAACGAUAACAAGAGAAGGUGAUCCAGUGCAAAGAAUGUUGUUCAUCGUCAGAGGCCAUCUUCAGAGCAGCCAAGUGCUGCGUGACGGAGUGAAGAGCUGUUGCAUGCUCGGCCCAGGCAACUUCAGCGGCGAUGAGUUACUCUCAUGGUGUUUAAGAAGACCUUUUGUGGAGAGGCUUCCGCCGUCUUCCUCCUCGCUUGUAACUCUGGAAACGACAGAGGCGUUCGGGCUCGAAGCAGAAGAUGUCAAGUAUGUGACUCAGCAUUUCCGCUACACGUUCGUGAGCGAGAAAGUGAAGAGAAGCGCGCGCUACUACUCGCCUGGAUGGCGAACAUGGGCGGCUGUCGCCAUCCAGCUGGCGUGGAGGAGGUAUAGACAUCGCCUCACGCUUACUUCCCUCUCCUUCAUAAGGUCCAGGUGCUCUUCUCUAGGAGAAGACAGACUUAGGCUUUACACAGCUUUGCUCACCUCUCCUAAGCCUAAGCCUAAUCAUGAUCAUUUUGAUUUCUGA